AUGGUAACUGGGUUUUCUCAGAACUUGAGGUUCUCCGAGAGUUUCAAGGCCUUUUCGCAGAUGAGAAUUGCUGGGGAGAGCCCGACCCAGUUUGCAUUUGCAAGUGUCAUCAGAGCUUGUGUGGUUCUUGGGUCGGUUGAGAUUGGGAGGCAGCUGCAUUCUCUUGCUUUGAAAUUGGGCUUGGCUUGUGAGUUGUUUGUGGGCAGUAACUUGGCGGAUAUGUAUUCGAAAUGUGGGUUCAUGGUUGAGGCUUGUAAGUUUUUCGAGGAAAUGCCGAGUAAGGAUGCUGUGUCUUGGACUUCGAUGAUUGAUGGGUAUGCAAAAAGUGGGGAUUUUGAGGCAGCUUUACUGAGUUAUCAGAGGAUGAUCAAUGAUGGGAUUGGUGUAGAUAAAUAUGUUGUUUCUAGUGCAUUGAGUGCUUGUUCUGCACUGAAGGCUUGUCAGUUUGGAAAGUGUGUUCAUUCGACGGUUGUGAAGUUAGGAUUGGAAGUAGAGGUUGCUGUGGGAAAUGCUCUGGUUGAUAUGUACUCGAAAUCAGGAGAUAUGGAGAGUGCUUUAAAUGUGUUUCAUGUUCACCCUGAGUGUAGAAAUAUUGUGUCGUAUUCCUCUCUGAUCAAUGGUUAUGUCGAGAUGGAUGAAAUCGAGAAGGCUUUUAGUGUGUUUGUUGACCUGCAGAGGGGGGGGGGAGUUGAGCCUAAUCAGUUCACAUUCUCUAGCUUGGUCAAGGCCUGUGCCAACCAAGCUGCACUUGAACAAGGGAUUCAACUUCAUGCUCAGGUGAUCAAGUUUAAUUUUGAUAGAGACAAUUUUGUGUCUUCUGUUCUUGUUGAUAUGUAUGGAAAAUGUGGGUUACUUGAUCACUCAAUACAAGUGUUUGACGAGAUAGCAAACCCGACUGAAGUUGCAUGGAAUUCGUUGCCAAGUGUAUUUGCAGUUAAUGGCUUAGGAAAUGACGCCUUGAAAACUUUUAGUAGAAUGGUCCGGGCAGGAGUGAAACCAAAUGCAAUAACAUUUAUCAUCCUUUUAACAGGUUGUAGCCAUUCUGGAUCGGUAGAGGAAGGUUUAACGUACUUUUACUUUAUGGAGAAAACAUAUGGCAUGGUACCUAGAGCUGGACAUUACUCUUGCGUUAUUGAUUUACUUGGCCGGGCUGGAAGGCUUGAAGAGGCCGAAGAAUUCAUUAACAGCAUGCCAAUGCAGCCAAAUGCUUUUGGAUGGUGCUUUUUUCUUGGCGCUUGCACAAUUCGUGGUGAUAAAGAGGGGCAAACUGGCAGCAGAGUAAUUGAUACAGCUUGA